GGAGCACCUGCCUCUCUGCCUCUCCUUCAUCGCCUUGCUUGCUAGCCAACAAGACCCGUGAAGAGCACGAUUCGCAAACGCCCGCUUUUUGAACUCUCUUCCCCUCGUCACGCACCUUUACGUACUUCUGGACUGGUUCCAUCUCGCGACUAUCUCAGCACUUCAUUCACCCACCUACACACCAAAUACAUUAGCUCAAAAUGGUCUCUGCUCGCUCCAACACCAUGCUUUCUCCCGCUUUUGCUCAACUCUCCGUGGCCCUCGCCUGCGCGAUGCUCCUCGCCAACAACAAUGGAGCCCACGCUGUCCCCCUUCGCGCUCGUGACGGCUCCCUGCCUCUGAGUCUCGACAACAACGCCAUGUACCAGAUGGGUGUCCCCGCUGGUGGAUCCGACAUGUACCAAUCGAUGCUCGCUCAGGACCUGGCUGCUCAACAGCAACUCACUGCAAGCCUCGCCGCCACGCCCGUCAAUGGCGCCGUAGCUGCUGCUGAGACGAGUCCCGCUACCCCGUCCUCGUCGGUGCUGCCUGGCGACAUGUUCUUCCAAGCCGAGGGUGUGGCUCAGCCCACCGCCGCCGUCGCUGCUCCCGUCGAGGCUGCUCCUCAAGAUGCUGCCGUUGCCGACACCGUGGCUCCCGCCUCUAUGCUCCCUGGCGACCUCUUCGAGCAAGCCGCCGGUGUACCGCAGCAGAUUGAGAUGGCUCAGAACAACAACGUCGCCAGGCGCAGCAUCGGUCACGGUGCUGGUGCACGCAAGGCGUGGCGUCCUCGAGGCUCUUCGAGGAUGGCAGCUUUCAAGCGUCAAGAGCCCGUAGCUGCCACCGACGCUACCACCGACCCCGACGCCGUGCCCAACAUGUCUGCCUCUGCUCAAGAGCCCACUUCCGCUGCUCCUACGGAGACUCCUGCCUCGGUCGCUCCUCCGGACACCGCUGCCUCGGUCGCCCCUACGGACACCCCUGCCUCGGUCGCUCCUACGGAAACUCCUGCAGCGGACGCCGCCACGCAAGUCACACCUUCGGCCGCCCCAACUGACGCGCCCGCCUCAGUAGCCCCCACGGACGUGCCUGCAUCGGCUGCCGAUAGCCAGGCUCCCUCUCAAGCUCCUGCCUCGGAGGCACCGUCGACCACCCCGGCCACGGAGACACCGACACCCACGGACGUACCUGUGCCCUCUGCUGGUGUCACUGAUGCCGCCAACAAUGCCGCUUCAGCACCAGUAGCUUCCUCUGUCGCCCCCACCACCACCGAGGCUGCCUCUGUUGCUCCCACCACGGCUCCUGCUCCUUCUGCUGUCUCGAGCGAGGCCAUCUCCCAGCUCAGCCAGGCUAGCGAGGUUGCUUCAUCUGCGGCUGCAACUGCUGUCGAGUCUGUCGCAUCGAGCUCGCCGUCGCUCGACGCCACCAGCUCGCCGACGCCCGAUGCUACCAGCUCGCCAUUGCCAGACGCGACACCCUCCGUGGCCUCGCAGGCAUCUGAGGUUGCCACCGACAGCGCUACCCCCUCAGCCACGGACGCUGCCAAAGAAAAUUCCAGCCAGUCCUCUUCGGCUACGCAAGACGCCUCUGCCGUGCCCAGCAGCGUUGCGUCUUCCAUGUCCAGCAGCGAGGCCGCCUCAGCCUCCUCAACCGAGUCAGUGCCCGAGCCUACCUCAACGCCACCUGCUGAGAAGGCGGCUUCGUCUGCGUCUCAAUCGUCUACUUCAUCAACCAUCGACGAGGCCAAGGCUACCAGCUCGCCCUCGCCGGACGCUACCAGCUCGCCAUUGCCGGAGGCUACCCCCUCAAUGACCUCCAAGGCCGAUGAGAAGGACGACCCUCAGACGUACACCAUGACCCUGACUCUGGGCAACGCCAAGGGAAUGGAGACAGCUAGCGUGUCGGAGUCGACCGCGUCGCCGACGCCUACGACUGACGGUGACAACGACGCUCCUUCCUCUAUCGUCGAGCCCACCUCGACCGCUUCGCGUGCUCAGAUGACCUCUGCCAGCGAGAGCGCUGCUCCCUCUUCGUCGUCCGCCAGCUCGUCCAGCGCAAGUGACGAGGCCAAGUCUACGGCGAGCGAGCCUGUCCCCACCAUCGAGCCCACCUCGACUCCUACCGGAGACAAGGAGGCCCAGUCGACUAACGAGUCCUCCAUGGCUUCCUCAACGUCCAUCGCUGAGGAGUCGGCCGCCCCCUCUUCGACUCAGUCUACCUCCGAGGCUCAGAGCACCGCCAGCACCGAUGCUGAGAAGGGUGCCUCGAGCAGCUCGUCCGCUGCCCCUGCAGAGAGCUCGCCCGCUGACAAUGGUGCACCUAACCACAUCGCCGGGUCACGCACGACGAUUGACGGUCAGAUCUGGGAGGCUAUGACAGUCAUUGUCCCCAUGGGCACUACGGCCGACUACAAGCCCCGCAACGAGUGGCGUCCUCGCGACCACCUGCCCAAGGCUACCGGCCUCGCCCGCCGUGACAACAAUGGUACUUUGCCCCCUCUCCUUCAGCCCACCACUACUGCUUCGUCCUCCUCGGCAGCACCGACCUCGACGCUGAGCACCGGUGGGUCCAAGGCUGACGACAACUCGGCAGACGACGAUGAGGACGACUGUGAUGAUGGCGAGUCUGAGCCUACGACCAGUGCGGCAAAGACGACGGCCAAGGCGACCACCUCGGCCAAGCCUACCACCACAACCUCAGCCAAGCCUACUUCGACGGCCACCUCCGCCAAGCCGACGACCUCAGCCAAGGCCACGAGCACGACCUCGACGGCUGCGAAGACGACAGCAACUGCCCCCGCUGCCACCUCGACGGGCUCUGGAUCUUCCAGCAGCACCGCGGCCUACACGACCUUCUGGAGCAACCUGCAGAAGCUCCUCAACAGCUCCGCGGACACCACUCAGCAGUCUUCGAUCUGGGCUUCGCUGAACAAGGCAUUCGGCUUCAGCAAGAGGGGAGAGGAGCUCCUCGAGGGAGAGGAGUGGGAGGAGAGAGAGUUUGAGGAGGCCAUGGAGGGUGUCUGGUUCGUCAGGGAUGAGUAGGUGGUGACGUAAGAUGUGUGCUAUGUGCUUUAAUGUCGUGAAUGAUAUCCUAUCCAAGUUACGAUGACCACCAAGAUGUGAUUGGGUGAGCCUGACUGAAACGAGAUGAG